UGAGUUUCCUUAUGUAAUCUUCAGAGAUGGGAUCGUGAUGGCGGGACGAGCAUGAUCUGGGUUAGCUCAACAGCCUUGAAACACCGACGACCUAUGCGUUAAGCAUGUCCUCUGCUCGGAUCACACGAAUCGCCUUUUACUAUUCAUUCAUCAUGACACUGUUUGGUUAAACCAAUCCCCAACUGUUUUUAGAAUUAAAAAAAAAAAAAAGAAGAGAAAAUUUAAAAUGGACAUCAAAUAUUCACAUCUGGAUUAUUGACAUACUGCAACACUGUCCAGUGUCUCCCAACUUUCAUUAGUAGUCUCACUCUCACCUCUACUUUCCAUUCUCAUCAACAGUUUCUUCCUCUGCCAGUCUGAGGCAACUGAUUCUCAGACAAACAGCAAUAGAGGUUCUUUAAGCAGCUGUUUGAUUUGAUCCCCACAGAAGCAUGAAUGAAAUGAAAUUGAAGGAUCAUGUUUUAAACUUAAAUCUGGAACAGACACACACACAUGUUCCCCAUCAGCAUCUAAUUUUCAGUUACAUUAAUGGUGGAAGGUGACAUUCCUUUCGCAACUUGUUAGUCUCAUCAUUCCGGCAGAACAUAGAUUUCUCGAGGCUCCUGCAGAGAAAGAUCCGAGAGAAGCAACUGAAGUUUCUUCCCUCUUCAUCUGCUGAAUCUGUUAAUACCGAUCGGAUCAAUUGUUAGAUUUGGACGUUUGUAGACUAAUCCUGUUGCAGUGCUGAGCUAAAUGAAGCUUCCAGCAGUGGUCUCGACGGUUUUGUUCCUUUUCUUCGCAUUUCCAAUCUCUCCCCUCCUUGCAGCUGAUCUGAAUUCCGAUAGAGAAGCGCUUCUUGAGUUCAUCUCCUCUGUACCUCAUGCCCGAAAACUCAACUGGAACUCCAGUUCACCCAUUUGCAGCUCUUGGGUUGGAGUUACUUGCGAUGUGAGUUCGAACAGAGUUAUUUCCGUUAGGCUUCCUGGAGUAGGACUUUACGGGCCAAUCCCGGAAAAUACUUUUGGAAAACUUGAUGGUUUGAGGGUCUUGAGUCUCCGGUCGAAUUACUUGAAUGGCACUCUUCCUUCGGAUGUGCCUUCGAUCCCUUCCCUCCGUUACCUUUUCCUCCAGCAUAAUAACUUCUCGGGUACUGUCCCGACCUCUUUCUCUCCGCAGCUCAAAGUCUUGGAUAUUUCCUCUAACUCCUUCACAGGAGGAAUCCCGGAUCUUGAACUUCCUAGUCUCAAGCUUCUGAAUGUUAGCCACAACAAUUUCACAGGCUCAAUUCCUUCUUCUCUCCGAAAAUUUCCUGAUUCUUCAUUCCUUGGGAACUCUCUCUUGUGCGGGGAACCCCUCAAAGAGUGCUCUAAUGAAUCCCAGCAGCAGCCUGUAACAGUUCCUCAUAGUGAAACUGUGAGGCCGAAGAAAAAAAUCCAAGCUGGAACUAUUAUCGCCCUAUCUAUUGCAGGCUCCGUGGUGAUCGUCCUCCUUGGUCUCGUGAUCUGCAUAUGCUGCAUAAAGAAGAAAGACGGCAAAAGCGUUAUCUUGAAGUCCAAAGCUACAAAUGGUGGGAAUGUUACUUCAAAGGACUUUGGGAGCGGAGUUCAAGAGCCCGAGAAGAACAAGCUCUUCUUCUUUGAUGGCUGCUCUUACAACUUCGACCUCGAGGACUUACUGAGGGCUUCCGCGGAAGUUCUUGGGAAGGGAAGCUACGGGACGGCUUAUAAGGCUAUUUUGGACGAUGGGACAACUCUGGUGGUUAAGAGACUGAGGGAAGUCGUGGCGGGGAAGAAGGAGUUUGAGCAGCAGAUGGAGCUCGUGGGAAGGGUGGGAAGGCAUCCUAAUGUGGUCCCUAUCCGAGCUUAUUACUACUCGAAGGACGAGAAGCUCUUGGUAUACGAGUACAUGGCUGAGGGAAGCUUGUUCGCACGCUUACAUGGGGCUAAAAGUGCUGGAAGGGCUCCAUUGGACUGGGAUACGAGACUGAAGGUCGCGCUUGGAGCAGCAAAGGGGAUUGCACACGUCCACUCUGAAAGUGGAGCCAAAUGCCUCCACGGAAACAUCAAGUCUACCAACAUUUUCCUCACCCAAGACAAUGAAGGUUCUGUUUCUGAUUUCGGGCUAACACCACUUAUGAACUUCACUGCUGCCAUCUCCCGAACCAUUGGUUACCACUCUCCUGAGGCGAUCGAGUCACGAAAGGUCACCCAGAAGUCUGAUGUCUAUAGCUUUGGGGUCCUGCUCCUAGAAAUUCUCACAGGAAAAGCUCCAUUGCAGUACACAGGCUAUGAUGAUGCAGUCGACCUCCCAAGAUGGGUGAGGUCGGUGGUUCGAGAGGAGUGGACCGCUGAGGUGUUUGAUGUCGAGCUCCUGAGGUUCCAGAAUGCCGAGGAAGAGAUGGUUCAAAUGCUUCAGAUCGGACUCGCCUGUGUUUCCAAGGUUCCAGACACUCGGCCAAACAUGGAAGAGGUCGUUAGGAUGAUCGAGGAGAUUCGUGGAAGUGAGGCCAAGGACCGUCCAUCCUCUGAGGCCGAGUCAAAUGUUCAGACUCCCUAAGGUGUUAAGCUACCAAAAACAAUGGAAAUUUGGACUAAACCGCAUCACCUUGUCAAGAAUGAUUGUUCUGCAGGUGGUUCUGCCUGGUUUCAUAUCCAUCAAACGCCAGCCAUGACAAUGAGGUCUAUCAUGUGCUAAUGACGUUAAUCUGAUAGGUCUCUAGAGAUCAUUUAUGUUUACCAUUUCUACGAGUUUAAUCUCUAAGCUCUAUAUAUUCCAAGUAAAUUGUGUUGUCAAAGUGUAUUUUCUCCCCUUAUGGCUUCUGAUGUUUUAGCUUUAUCGUGAUCUCAUCUACUUCAAUAAUAUAUUUUGAUGUAUGUUUCUGUCAAUACUUAGAUCGUAAGCAUUAUGAAAGUAUCCCUGUGAAAAAUGUGAAAUUCCGCA